GUUGACCGAUUAGCCGGUUAGCUUUACGCAGGGAUCGUGGAGCCUCUUGCUGUAUCAGAACGUUUCAAAAUCAAAAGGUGCACUCUUUUUUCAAAUUCAUAUAAUCCCUCUCUCUCUCUAUCUCCCACUAGCCUUGUCCCUUUUUGCUUUCUUCAAUUCGGCGAAGUAAAAAUGGCGAAGAACGAGAACGGCUACGAGAAUUUGCUGGCUUCAUUGAUCGUCGACAUCAAAUCAUACUCUGGAAAAGACCAUCUUCUUCCGUGGAUCCGAGGUGUUAAGAAGAUGAAAGAGAGUUUGCCGUCUCAGAUAUUGAACGAGAAGCUGCCGCGGUUUUUGCAGAAAUGUGCAGAGUCAUUUGAAUCUGAUAAGAGAUAUAAGAACGAUUCGCGGUAUAUUCGUGUUUGGUUGCAGCUGAUGGACUUUGUAGACGAUCCAAGAGCUCUUUUAAGAACCAUGGAAGCAAAAAGUAUAGGGACCAAGAGGUCACUCUUCUACCAGGCAUAUGCUCUCCAUUAUGAGAAGAUGAAGAGAUUUGAGGAUGCUGAGAAAAUGUACCGUCUUGGGGUUCAAAACCUUGCAGAACCCAUGGAUGAGUUACAGAAAUCAUACUUGCAGUUCGUUACUCGCAUGGAGAGGCACAAAAAGAAGAAGACACAGCGUCAAGAACAAAAACUGUCUGGAAAGCACCACAAGGUUGAUGAGAGGCAACAACAUGAGCCUGUGUUGAAUUUUGUUGAUAAAGCCAUUGUAGGGAAGCCUGAAGCAGAAAAUGCUUGCCAUCACGGUUUGGUGGAUCCCACAAUAAACAUGAAGGAAGCCAUGAAUACAAUCAACAACAUGUUCAAAGAGCCUAUAGAAACUGCUCCACUUCAGAGAAGAUCACGACAGAGAAGUCAGAACAAAGAAAAUCAAGGAUGCAACAAUAGCUUUGAGGUUUUUCUGGACGAGAAUCUCGAAUGUGAAACAGGGACAAGUGGAAAAGCAAAGACUAGUACUACUCAGUGUGGAUCCCAGCCUAAUCAAGAGUCCUUUGAGAUAUUCAUUGAUGAUGAAAACACUGAUGAAACUGCGGAUGAAAAUGAUGAGGCUGGAAAAGCUUUUGUCUUUCUCCUGCCAAGAGACCAUUCACCUGAAAGCUCUGAAGAAGCAGACAGAAACACUCCUCCUCGGGCUAGAUUUAGAGAAGAUACAGUUGUUCGUAGAUUUGUUGGUUCAACAAUCUCCGAUGAGCCUGAAGCAGUUGAAAACGCCUGCCACCAUGGCCUUGUUGACCCUACAGUAAACCUAAAGGAAGCUAUGGAGGACAUAAACAACAUGUUUGGCGAACCAAUCAAUUUUGUUAGACCCAACCGCUCUAAAAACAAAGGAAAAGCAGUAGUAGAGACAAAACCAAAUCCUGCUGCAGGUUUCUCAAUACUCGAGGAUGAUGAUGAAGAAGAAGCUGAGCAAGAACAUCAAGGGAAGAGCCAGCCGACUCAGAGAUUGCCUUCAAAAUCAGAUGAGCGCGAACUAUUUGAACCAACGGUAUGCACAAAAGUAGCCUUGGAUGAAAUCAACAAAUUGUUUGCAAUGCCAAUGGACUUCUAAGGAACAAGGUAUUUGGUUCCACUUUGUUCUACUCUCAUAACGUAUGCCUAGAAGCAGACAAUGUUUGUGGUCGAUGUUCCUGCUUUGUACCU